AUGAAUCCAUAUGUGGCCCAAUUCAUGAAUAUUGAGAAUAGUAAAACUUCUUGGUUUUCAUCGACAAUCUUGGCUCUUCAGGCUGUUUUCAUGCCCACAGGAGCUCAUAUUGCUACAAAAAUAAAUUACAGAUGGGUGCUCUUGGCCGCUCUUAUAUUCAGUUCUGGUGGGAUCCUCCUGACUCGAGUAACUGUUUACAGUGGCUUGGGUCUGUAUAUUUUGACCUAUUGCAUAUGCUUCGGAAUUGGCAUGGGUUUGCCGUAUUCUGUUAUAUUUUCGAUCGCUUCUUCAUGGUUUCCUCAAAAACGUUCCACUGUUGUUGGAAUUAUUUCCUCCGGGUUUGGUCUUGGUGCUCUGGUCUUUAUCCCUAUCCAAACUCAAAUAAUUAAUCCGAACAAUCUUCCCAAAGUUGACGACAAAUUUCCUCCUGAGGUUAUAAACAAAGUUCCAGAAGCCUUUUUAAUACUUGGUGGCAUUGUUCUUGGACUUGAAGUAAUUGCAACGAUUCUCCUUCAACGAAGACCUGAGGAAAAUCCAGCCGUCUUGUCGACUGAAUCGUCCAACGAUGAACAACCCUCCAGUCCAGUCAGUGAGGAUAUUAAGGUGGACUUGAAACCCGAGUCGCUGAAAGGACCAAAAAGCUUCACGGUUCGUGAAGCUCUAAAAUGCGUUGAUUUCUACUUACUGUGGGGCAUCGUAUUCUUGGACAUCAUAUCUGUUGUGCUGCUUACAUCGACCUACAAGGCAGGUUGUUCUGCUCUAGCUAUUAACAAAUUAGUGUGGUUCGACAUGGUUUAA